AUAAUUGUAAAUUAAACAUAAAUAUAGAAGAAAGAAUAUUACAGCAAUUCAAUUAAGUAUUUCACAAGUUAAUAAAUUAUAAUAAAAGAACAACAAAUAAAUUCUAAAAUGAUGGCCGGUAAGGAAAACAUUAUUGACAACAUGGAUAAAUUUUCAUUAAAGAGUCCCCGUAAAAUCCUUACUGCCGUCAAUGUGGGUAAGGUACGUAAACUAUCCAUUGGCGAGGACAACAACAUUCAAACAAAUGGUAAAAACCAAGAUGUUAAAGAAUUAAAUGGUAGUGGCAUGGAAGUAACUAAGAAUGGAGCAGGCACUUCUUUGGCCAAUAAAGCUGCAGUGCCAUUUGACCCCAGCAUUGAACCACUGUUGAAGGAAAAUCCUAGACGUUUUGUCAUAUUCCCCAUUCAAUAUCUGGACAUUUGGCAAAUGUACAAGAAGGCUGAAGCAUCUUUUUGGACUGUAGAAGAAGUAGAUCUCUCUAAAGAUAAUUCGGACUGGGAAAAACUCACCGACAAUGAGCGUUACUUUAUCUCACAUGUUCUGGCCUUCUUUGCUGCUUCCGAUGGUAUUGUCAAUGAAAAUCUUGUUGAACGUUUUUCCCAAGAGGUACAAGUUACAGAGGCACGCUGUUUCUAUGGUUUCCAAAUUGCCAUGGAAAAUGUACACUCUGAAAUGUAUAGUAUUUUGAUCGACAGCUACAUUAAAGAUCGCGAACAACGCGAUUAUCUCUUUAAUGCCAUUGAAACGAUGCCAGCUGUUAAGCGCAAGGCCGAUUGGGCAAUGUCUUGGAUUGGCUCAAAAUCGGCCAAUUUUGGUGAACGCAUUAUUGCAUUUGCCGCUGUGGAGGGCAUUUUCUUCAGUGGCAGUUUUGCUUCGAUAUUUUGGCUAAAGAAACGUGGUCUUAUGCCUGGCCUUACAUUCUCAAAUGAGUUGAUUUCUCGUGACGAGGGUUUACAUUGUGAUUUUGCUGUGUUAAUGUUUAAACAUUUAAUACAACGUCCCAGCCGUGAGAGAAUAACCGAAAUAAUAACGGAAGCUGUAAAAAUUGAACAAGAGUUCUUAACCGAAGCUUUGCCCGUCAAUUUGAUUGGCAUGAAUUGUAAAUUGAUGUCGGAAUAUAUUGAAUUUGUAGCUGAUCGUUUGUUAGUUGAAUUGGAGGUGGGAAAGAUUUAUAACACCAAGAAUCCCUUCGCCUUUAUGGAAAUGAUUUCUUUGGAUGGUAAAACCAAUUUCUUUGAACGCAAAGUGGGUGAAUAUCAGAAGUUAGGCGUGACUUCUCAACGUUUAGAUAAUGUUUUUACUUUAGAUGCUGAUUUCUAAAUAUUCUACGCACUUUCUACAGAACAAUCUCCACCUGCUAAUACGCUAUUGCUAUAAGUCUUAUAUCUAUUUGUCUAAUUAUAUUUUAUGUUUUUAGGAUUAUAAGUUCAUUUUUCAUGCCACCCCCUAACAAUUUUUUUUAAAAAUUUAUACUUAUUUGACCUACACUUCUUAAGGUGUCUUAACAGAAGUUUUCUUUCUUACAAGUAUUUAAAUUGAAAAAUCUUACCAUACUCUAUGUGAUCUUUAUAGCCUGUUCUGACACUGAGUAGUGUUAUUUGCUGACUUGACUAAAUUUUUAUUUUGACUACAUAUAUUUUUUUUAAAUUCCUAAUACUAAAUUGUAUACAAUUUCUAUAUAUUUUUUUUUUAAAUGCGAACAGAUUUAUAUUUCAUUGUACAUAUAUACAUCAUUUAUUUACCCCCUCUAUAUUUACCAUUACACAUUUAAUUAAACGUAAACAUUUUUUAUAAAAAUUUUAAUAGUUUAAUCUUAGUUUAUGGGAAAAGUGUUUCCGUAAACUUAAAUAAAAAAAUAUAUAUUGUACCUAAAAAAUAUUAUAAA